UAAAUUAUGUCAGUUGCAGUUGCAGGCAGGUGCAGGUGUAGGGGCAGGGGGUUGAGUAUAAUUUACUCAAAUCAUUCUUCUUCAAAAGAUCAUGGAACUCAAUUAUCUCUCUCAAACAAGUCAAAAUCCUCCAUUAACAAUUUACUCAAAUCUGCUCUUCUCUGCACCAGCAGCCAUGGCAAGAAACAAACAAGCCGCGAAACGAAGUCACACCAAACCUUCUGUUGAAGCUGGACCUUCAGCGACUCCAUCAACUCCUACAAGAAAAAGUACAAGGAAUGCGACGGCAACCAAUCCUAUAUUUCUAAUGAUGGGAGAAUAUUUGUGCUUCAGCUUCAGUGCAGAAGUCAAAACAGGAGAAGCGUUACAGGCCAGGGGCAAGGGCGCUUCGAGAAAUCAGGCACUUUUAGAAGACGUUAGAGAAGUUAGUAACUUUUUUGCACCUGAGGUAACUCGUUGGCAAGCUGAGGCGUUAAUUGCUAUUCAAGCGGCUGCUGAAGAUUUUUUAGUUUGUAUGUUUGAAGAUGCAAUGCUAUGUGCUAUUCAUGCAAAGCGUGUUACACUUAUAAAAAAAGAUUUUGACCUGGCUCGACGACUUGGAGGAAAAGGACAACCUUGCUGAAGCAUUACCAUCUUAUCCCAAGUAGAUUGUCGUAUAGCUUCAAGUUCAAAGAAUCAACCUCUGAUCAACCAUUACCUCAUUUUGUAAUUUAAUGGGCUAAUUAUCAAUAUUGCAUUAACAAUUCUUAUAGACAUAAUUUGACUUAAUUGGUCGAUGUGAGUUUGGACAGAAACUAGUCUGUAUUUUACGAUUUAGGUAGGUUUUGGAGGAUCCAAGCUACUGAUCAUUUUAUCAUUUUCUUGUCUAUAUAUCUUAUGCCUUUUUGGUUUA